AUGAAACCUGUAGGGCUGAUGGAGAGGAUGAAACGGUGGCUUAGGUUAGUUGUUUUGGGGACAAAGAGGAUCUUCAUCUCAAGAUCAGUGGGUAGGUUGCUUGCAGAUAAGGGUCAUUUUGCUGUCUAUGCUGAAGAUGGCAAGCGUUUUAUAGUUCCACUGCACUACCUGGAGGAACCCAUCUUCACAGAGCUUCUUAAAAUGGCGGAAACAAAGUUUGGGUUCUCAUGUAAUAGGCCUAUCAUGCUUCCAUGCAAUGGAGAUUUCAUGGAGUUUGUUCUUUCCCAGCUGAGGUAUGGUCACAAGAGAAACCCCACUAGUGAAACAUUUGGAGAAAUCACCUUACUUUAG